UCCCCUCUUCGUCCACCUCUUUUGCCUGGUCUGGUACCAGUACCUCGCUUGGCUGGCCGCCACUCCUCCCUUGUACGACCUUCAUUUCGACCACCUGCGCACUGUCCUUGAACGCCUCUAAAGCCACGAGGGCAGCACGAGUUUGGUCCUUCCUUCAUCGGCAUCCCGAAAAUCGCAAGACCGCCGAUCUGAGCAGAUUAUCCUCAUCAACUCAUCCAUCUCGUCCUCCCAUCCAUCAAGUCAUCCGUCCGACGUCAACGGAAUCCUCCAUUCAUCACCUUCAAUCCUUCGACAUCGCACUGUCACUCCAACAUACACAACAUCUGUUGUGUCUCGUUCCAUCCUUCAUCCUACCUCCUUCCUUCACGACUGCCCAUCAUGGUUUACUCGCUGAACUACCGCCGACCUUCUCACGUGGCAUCCACCAGUAGCAACGUCUCCCUCAGCGGCGAUGAGAAGCAGGCUUCGAUCCAUGAGUCCAUCCAGUCUGGCAGCUCCACUCUCACCGGUGGUAUCCCACCAGCACUCUCCUUCGACCGCAUCAUCGCUGGCGGUACAUGUCCGCCUGUCACCGUACGCGAGUUCAUGAACUACCUCAAGUACAUCGAGCACUCCGCCGAGAACCUCCAGUUCUUUCUCUGGCACCGCGACUACACCGCACGAUGGGAACGCCUGCAAGAGAGCGAGAAGUCACUGUCACCGAAGUGGGAGCCAAAGCCCGAAGAUGGCCACCUCGGAGUUUCACCUGCACGACCCAAGCGUGCUGCACCGCAGAUCAUGGAGGUGCUGAAGAACACCGACUUUGCCGAGCAACCCAAAAGUGCCACUGCGGACCAAUUCUACCUGCACACGCCCUCCAAGUACGGCUCCGCGGAAGACAAUCGGGAUAUGAACUCGGAGUACGGGUCCUCAUUCGGUGAUGAGAAGACUCUCCUGAGCAGCAGUGCCAGCGGACAACGUAUGGCAGCAGAUCAAGCCUUUGAUGAUGCUGGUAUGAAGUGGAAGCCAUUCACCGCCCAACCCUUCCGCUCCGAGAUCACCCGCAUCAUCAGCAUCUACUUUGCCGAAAAUGCUCCUCGCGAAUUGAAUCUCUCUUCCCGCGAGCGUCAAUCCGUCCUCCACGCUUUGCAACACACUACACACCCUUCCGCCUUCAAAUCCGUCGUCACAACAGUCGAGUGGUCUCUCCGACGCCAAGCACACCCAAACUUCAUCCGCUGGACCAUCUGCAACGGCAAUCCUGCCCGCGUCACUUUCGCCAGAGCCCUUGGAGCCGGAGGUAUCGUCAUCGGCCUCGUAUCCUCAUUGCUGCUGACACUCAGCUCCGCUGGGCGAGCCUGGCGUAUUCUCCCUUUCCUCGCUUGGUUCAUCGGAAUCGCCACCCUCAUCGCCGCCUGGAAAGGAAUGUGCAUCGUCCUGCACGGUCUUCAUCACCGCCACUUGCGGCCGUGGGAACUUUUCACUGACGCUGCCGAGGAGAGUCAGCUCGAGAAGAAGACUUCGUCGACGAUGAGUCUGACCAGCAAUGAGAACAAUUCUUUCCAACACGAACCUUGGGUGCCGAAGUACAAGCAGCGGAACAUGGUGAGGAAGAUUUUCGAUCGGGAGAUUUGGAUCCAGGAGCCGGCGUUGAGGGGAAUUCAGGACACCAUUGCGCUGCAGGCCGUCAUUGCAGCGGCGGUGGGUGGGAUGGUUAUGGUGGGAGUGUUCUGUGCUGUGCCGAAGGGCAAUUUCUUCUGA